AUGACUGACUGACGACGGUCGACGGACGGACAAAGUUUUUGAAAGUUCAGUGAAAUCGGGAACGUCAAAGUCAAGUGAUUAUUGAAAAAUUUGCUCCAGGAAUCAAAAAAAUAGCGAAUACGCAGAACCAGACCACCGACCGUGUAAUCCAAUUAAAGCUUCUUCGGACCGGCCAACGUUGGCACAGAGAAAGAGGCGAAAAAUGUGGCCAAAUUUCAGUCGAAAACACUUUUCACUGCUGACGGUGCUCUGUGUGGGCAUUGUGCUGCUGAGCCUGGCACCGGCCAGCGGAAGUGCCGAAAAGGAGAUUCCCAUCACCAAGUUCAGCCAGAAUGUCGGUGGCUACGGGGCGACGAUGACUUUCCUGUACUGCUAUUCUUGCGGCUACCGUAAGGCGUUCGAUGAGUACUAUAACAUCAUUCACGAAAAGUACCCGGAGAUUACGAUCCGCGGGGGAAACUAUGACCCACCGGGCUUCAACAUGUACCUCUCGAAGGUCCUGCUUGUGACGAAGCUGCUGAUGAUCAUCGCCCUGAUGUCCAACUUCGACGUGUUUGGGUUCCUGCGCCAACCGAUGCCGUCCUGGUGGCGCUGGUGCACCGAGAACAAGCUGUACGCCUGUAUGAUGGUGUUCUUCCUCGGGAACAUGCUGGAAGCGCAGCUGAUAUCAUCCGGUGCGUUCGAAAUCUCCCUGAACGAUGUCCCAGUGUGGUCCAAGCUGGAGACGGGUCGCAUUCCUGCUCCCCAGGAGCUGUUCCAAAUCAUCGAUAGCCAUCUGCAGUUUUCCGAUAAGAUCGAGCAGAAUCCCGAUUUUGUAAAAUAAGUUAUCAAUCUUGUGCUUGCUCAGUGUAGAUUUAGUUUGGAAGUUUAAGUUAGAUGACUUUUCACAAUUUUCACUCGACUAGUCCUGUUAGUAUGCAAAAUGAACCAUAAGCAAUCUAUAUCUUAGGUCCACACGUUCUGUUCAGUCUGUCUAUGAGGUUCCUUAAUUUUAGUUGCCUGUUUUACAUGGGUCUCUAUCAAUUUAUUUCAUGAAGAGUUUUAUGAUUGGACAUAUUUAUUUUUUGGAAGAUUGUCAAACAACUAUUAAAUAAUUACCAAAAACAUCGUAAAAUUUGAACAGAAAAGUAGAUCAUUUGUAAGAAUUAUAUAUAUGGCUACCCCUAAUUCGGAAGUAUGUAUUGUGAAAAAAUAAAAAGGUUUGGUAGCUGUCUUGAUAGAAUAUUCUAUUCAAUCAAAAGAACAAGGUAAUAGGGUAUGUGUGCCAUCAGUAAUCUCACGCUCCCAUAUUCAUCUUAUUCGAAAACAAGCGAUUACGGCACCGAUUGAUUCCGUUCUUUUUGUUUUCAAGCGUGCUCACUUCCAACAAAAAAUACAAAAAUAUGAAACAAUACAAACAACGCCUCAAUCCUUUGUUUUUCGUAGGAUGAAAAUGGGAGCCACAUGCUUAAUAAGGGAACUAAUACCCUAUAAAAAGUCAAAGGAAAAAUUGAGAAUAAAUAACUGGGAAAAAUGA